UCUCUAGACAUUAUAAACCUCGCAAUCUUCGCCGUUUUAUCUUCUACCUAAAAUCCCUAACUCUCACACACAUUCUCUUCAUUGGGAAUCUACUUCAUCAUUUUUUAUUUUAAAACUCAAAAGUGUAUAUCUUUACGAGUUGCUUCGUUCUGAUCUAUUGAUGUCUACUACUUCAACGUAAUGGGGUUUGCUUCAAUUCUCAACUUUUUGAGUGAAGUCGAUGGCUUUGGAUGUGGGUUCUUCGUUUUCGGAUGUUUCUCUCAGAUUCUCAAUCUCUUCCUUCUCUUUUGCUUGCUUGUUUUGUCACUCAAGUUUCUUCUCUUCAAGUGUCCUUCGUCGUUUGUGCAGUCUCUAGAGAAGAUAUAUAGAGUCUCUCCCAAGAUUAAGUGUUGCAGUUCCUUCGAUCAAGACAACAACAGAGAUGUGUUAUGUUCCAAACCUUGUCUGGUCGAUGAGUUGGAUCAGAACAAACCUGUUAUCUUACAGUGGAACCGAAAAAAGACCAACGAGAGCUGUGAGAAUUGUGAUCAACUUCUUCUAAGCGACAGAACGAACAGAGACACUGCUCGAUCGUUAUCAGAGACAGAGGAAAGCGAGGACGAGGAGGAGUCACGUGAAGAUGAGGUGUUCGACGUUAUUACUCUGAGAAAAAUGGUUAAAAGAGAGAGGAAACGUGGAGAUGGUUUGAAGACAGAGCUGGAGAAAGAGAGAAGAGCGGCGGAAUCAGCAGCUGAAGAAGCCAUGGCUAUGCUUCUGAAGCUGAGGAUGGAGAAGAACGCGGUGGAGAUGGAGGCGUGUCAGUACAAGAGAGUCGCGGAACAGAAGCAAGUCUAUGACCAAGAAGUGAUUCAAUCGUUACAGUGGAUGUUGAUGAAGCUUGAUGAUGACAACGGAGAUAAGAUUCACGACUAAAAAAACUCUUUCAUCGUCCCCUUUGUAUGCAUAUAAAUAAACGAAUGUAAAGACAUGUAUUUCGAUUAACACAGUUGAAGUUGAACUGAA